GUCACGCUGCCUUAGCGGAUAAGGGCCGAUCGUGGAGCGCGAGGAGCGCCUGGCGUGCGUCGCAGGCGCUUUUGCUGUGCGGUUUGCAGACUCCUGCUAUGGCGGCGGCGGCGGCUGCGGCGGUGGUAGCCGUUACUGAGGGGGCGAGCGUGGCAGCGGCUCCCGUUUCUGGCGCCCACAGCCCCAGUGAGCCUCCUGAAGGCGAAAGCGAGGGAGCUGGAGCAGUGGGCGAAGAGAAUGACGGAGCCACUAAAGGAGCGGAGGCCAUGGGGGACAGCGAAGAGGACGGGGAAGAUGUGUUCGAGGUGGAGAAGAUCCUGGACAUGAAGACCGAGGGGGGUAAAGUACUUUACAAAGUUCGAUGGAAAGGAUACACAUCAGAUGAUGACACCUGGGAGCCUGAGGUUCACCUUGAAGACUGUAAAGAAGUUCUUCUUGAAUUUAGGAAGAAGGUUGCAGAUAACAAAGCUAAACCAGUUAAGAAAGAUAUUCAGAGACUGUCCUUAAAUAAUGACAUAUUUGAGGCAAACUCUGACAGCGAUCAGCAAAGUGAGACAAAAGAAGAUACUUCUCCAAAGAAGAAAAAGAAGAAACUGAGGCAGAGAGAAGAGAAGAGCCCGGAUGAUCUGAAGAAGAAGAAGGCCAAGGCUGGGAAACUGAAAGAGAAGUCUGCCCCGGACCUGGACAGCGCCUCCUCUGAGAGUUCAGUGUUUGAUUUAAAGACAAAGAAAAGGGUUUCAGAAGCUAAAGAAGAGCUAAAGGAAUCCAAAAAGCCCAAAAAAGAUGAUAUAAAAGAAACUAAGGAAUUAAAGAAAGUUAAAAAGGGUGAAAUAAGAGAUUUAAAGACUAAAAUAAGAGAAGAUUCCAAAGAAAACAGAAAAACAAAAAAAGAGAAAUGUGUUGAAUCUCAGUUGGAAUCUGAAUCAAGUGUACUUAAUGAGUCCCCUUUUCAAGAGGGGGACAGUGACGAUCUACAAGGUGACAACAGAGAAGAGAGACAAACGAUUAAAUGUGCAAAAGAUAAAGCAGGACAAGACGUAGCUGACGAUACUGUUUUAGAUAAACAGCUGGAUGACACCAGCACAGGGAGUGCCGAUGAGGGUGCGGAUGUCAGAGGAAAGAGAAACAGAAAGAAGUCCAGAAAGGCUGAGGAACUCAAGGACAGGAAAAAGCUAGAAAACAAGAACCUUUGUUUAGAGAAGAAAAACACAUGUAGAAAGCAAAAGAAUCAGGACAAAGGCAAAAGUACCCCAGAGUUAGAUAAGCUGAUGCCUGCACCCGCCCAGACCCAGAGGAACUCAAGGUCGGCCUGGGAAGAGAGAGGCAUCCAGACCACUGACUUGACUGAGGAAGAGAAAGAGACCAAAAAAAAUGAACCCAAAGAAAAAUACCAGAAAGGGCAUGAUUUGGACAAGGAAGAAAAAGGCCGCAAAGAGCCAAAGGGAUUAAAGACAUUAAAGGAAAUCAGAAGUGCGUUUGAUUUAUUUAAAUUAACUCCAGAAGAAAAAAAUGAUUUUCCUGAGAAUAAUCAGAAAAGAGAAGAAAUACCACUGGAAAAUAAGAUCGCAGAAGAUCCCAAAUCCCAGGGAAACAAGCAGGUAAUUAAAGAAAGGAGAAAUACACGCGAUGAGACUGAUACCUGGGCGUACAUAGCCGCGGAAGGCGGGCAGGACACCAUGGACAGCGUGUGCCAAGCAGAUGAGAAUGCUGACGGCAGACAGCAGAUUCUGAGUUUGGGCAUGGAUCUGCAGCUGGAAUGGAUGAAAUUAGAAGAUUUUCAGAAGCAUCUUGCUGGGAAAAAUGAGAAUUUUACUACAGCAGAUGCCAUCCCAAGUCAUUUAUUGAGAGAUGCUGUGAAAAAUGGGGAUUAUAUUACCGUGAAGGUUGCACUUAGUUCAAAUGAAGAAUAUAACCUGGACCAAGAGGAUUCAAGUGGGAUGACACUGGUGAUGCUGGCCGCGGCGGGAGGGCAGGACGACCUGCUGAGGCUCCUCAUCAGAAAAGGAGCCAAAGUGAAUGGCAGACAGAAAAACGGGACCACCGCUCUCAUUCAUGCAGCCGAGAAGAACUUUUUAACGACAGUGGCUAUUCUUUUGGAAGCAGGAGCUUUUGUAAAUGUCCAGCAGAGCAAUGGUGAGACGGCUCUCAUGAAGGCCUGCAAAAGAGGAAAUUCGGACAUUGUCCGACUUGUAAUUGAAUGUGGAGCCGACUGCAAUAUUUUGUCAAAGCACCAAAAUAACGCAAUGUAUUUUGCAAAGCAGUGUAACAACGGGUUGGUGUAUGACUUGCUGAAGAAUCACUUAGACACACUCUCUAGAGUAGCGGAAGAAACCAUAAAGGAUUACUUUGAAGCACGUCUUGCUCUCCUAGAACCAGUUUUCCCGAUAGCAUGUCACCGUCUCUGUGAGGGGCCAGACUUUUCAAUGGAUUUCAAUUACAAACCUCUACAGAAUAUACCAGAAGGCUCUGGUAUCCUGUUGUUUAUUUUCCACGCAAACUUUCUGGGUAAAGAUGUUAUUGCCCGACUCUGUGGACCGUGUAGUGUACAAGCUGUAGUUUUAAACGAUAAAUUUCAACUUCCUAUUUUUCUGGAUAGUCAUUUUGUUUACUCGUUCAGCCCUCUUGCAGGCCUCAACAAACUCUUUAUAAGGUUGACGGAAGCGCCCUCUGCCAAGGUGAAGCUGCUGAUAGGCGCGUACAGAGUGCAGCUGCAGUGACCAAAGACGUGGGGUGGACAUGGACUUCCUGUUGGACCUUCCUAACUCCUCUGUUCUACGCAGCUGGGAAUGGUGGCACAGCCAACCCUUCCACAUGUAAAGUCUUGUCUGUAACCUCAUGCAGUUUAAGGCCUGUCUGUUCUGGUCUCAGACGUGGGCCACGGCGUUCCAGUCCAUUACGGAGAGCGUGCUCACGUUGGGGUCGUGUCCAGCUUUUCCACAAUGUGGAAUGGUGUAUAUAGGGAUCAUUUAAGAAAAAGGAAGUCAUUUUUCUUUUUAAUUUUCUACUACCCUGGGUAAAUUUGUUACCUAAGCACUAAGUAAAGCCUGAAUUUACCUCCCUUGAAGUGUAAAGGGGAGAUCAGGUCUAUUUCUGAUAUACAGUUGGAGGUGACAACUUUGUAGAUUUCCAAUUAUCCUUUAUUUGAAAAGAUAAUAAAUCAGAGUCUGAGAUACAGCAAAAAAAUGUAAACCAGGACAUUAUGAGGCCAAAAAGGCUAUUACCUGCAAACUUUUCUCCUUACUCAAAGCCAGGCCCUGUGCCCUUAUUUUGAACACGGGAAAGGGCAGUGAGCUUUGCCACACCAGGCCUCACGUGAGGAGCCAGAGUUCCUGUAGAUUUUACACAGGUCUAACUCUUACAUUCUUUUAAGAAAUAUUUGGGAAACUAAUAAAUCAGGCUUAGUCUAGAGUAUAGAAAUGUGUAAAAUUAUUUAGUUCCUGAUCAGGUUUUUAAUUGUCUAAGUUACAAUUUUAAUGAAAAACUUUCAUAAUGUCACAUAUUACACCCCAGACAUUGUGAUGACAUUUAAGAGCAAUUUUUUACUUCACAUACUAAAACUGCCUUUUCCUACAGUUUUCUCAAUAAAAAACACAAUAUUGGUGUAUUUUCUUUUAGUUUUUUAGCAGAGUGAUGGCUGGGAUUGGACUUUUCUAACUACAUUGAACUGUAUUCUAGUACUGUAUCUGAUUUCAUAGCUUUCUGAAAAGUGAGAUUUGAGUACCUUAGUUUACUACAUGAAAGAAAUUUUAUCUCAGAAUGUUGCCUAAUAACUUAUAAGAACACACUAAACAAGGAUAUGCUAUUUAUCAAGGAGGCAUGCAUGAUGCUAUAGGGCCGAAAGUCGGAACAUGAAAGUGUGAGGUAGCUUGGAGUACACCGCCCUGCCUGUGUGCCACAAUGUGCUGGGACAUUCUGAGCAGUGUGUCUACUAGGAAGAGAACAAGAGCCACAUACAGGU